AUGGCGGAAGGCUUGCUCAGAACCGAUGAGAAGCCAUGGCGAGUUCUCGAAUUCUACAGUGGAAUCGGUGGAAUGAGAUACUCUUUAAUGGCGUCCGGCGUCGUCGCAGAAGUAGUAGAAGCGUUUGAGAUCAAUGACGUUGCCAAUGAUGUUUAUCAGCAUAAUUUCGGACAUCGUCCCCAUCAGGGAAAUAUUCAGAGCCUCACUGCUGCUGAGCUAGAUAGGUAUAGUGCAGAUGCUUGGCUUCUUUCUCCUCCUUGUCAACCUUAUACUCGACAAGGCCUUCAGAAACACUCUGGUGAUGCUCGAGCAUCUUCGUUUCUCAAGAUUCUCGAGCUUAUACCGCAUACUUCUAAGCCUCCACAAAUGUUGUUUGUAGAGAAUGUUGUUGGUUUUGAGACUUCGGAUACCCAUGCGGAGAUGAUUGAUACAUUGACAAAAUCAGAUUAUGUCACGCAAGAAUUUAUCUUGAGCCCGUUGCAGUUUGGUGUGCCGUAUUCAAGACCACGUUAUUUUUGUCUGGCCAAAAGAAAGCCGCUGUCAUUUCAGUCCCAACGCAAUAAUAACAAGCUACUCUGGUCUCCAGGCCCGUUAUAUGGGCGUGAUGAUGAUCAGAUGGAGUUUGGAAAAUGUCAAGGAGAAGAGGGAUUGGAUUACUUAGUUCAGUUUUGCAAACCAGUAGAGAAGUUUCUCGAGUCAAUAGCACAAGUAGAUGACUCUGAGAAUGGGUCCAAAGAUUGUUCUGGACAAGAAGACGAUUCUGUCCCAGACUCUGCACAUCAAUAUCUAGUACCGUCAAGUUUGAUAGAGAGAUGGGGAAACGCAAUGGAUAUUGUUUACCCUGAUUCAAAGAGAUGCUGUUGUUUCACAAAGAGUUAUUAUCGAUACGUCAAGGGCACUGGUUCCCUCUUAGCAACUGUCCAGCCAAAAAUCAAAGGGAAGGAAACUUGUUUGAAGGAGCAACGGCUUAGAUACUUCACCCCAAGAGAGGUAGCUAACUUUCACUCCUUCCCUGAAGAUUUUGAGUUCCCCAAGCAGAUAAGCCUUCGACAGAGAUACGCAAUGCUUGGGAACAGUUUAAGUGUAGCAGUUGUGGCUCCUCUGCUUCGGUAUCUAUUCGAUUCUUCUCCGUCUUGA